UCUUUUUCUUUUCUCUCUCCUCUUUCCUCUCUCUCUCUCUCUCUCUCUGUUAGUGCUUUGCUUGAAAUGUACCAACAGCACUCCUAUCAAAUGGGGUUCCUGUGCCUCUAUUCAAUACCUGCUUCUGCUUCUUCUUCUUCUUCUUCUUUUUGCUGAUUCUGAAUUUGAAUUGGUGUGAAGGAUUUAGUAAAAACAUCUGUUUGAAAUGGCGCCACAAACUGGAUGUUUGAAAGAACAUGAACGAAUUAUUCCUAAUUCACUUGGUCAGUUGUCACCUUCUCCUGCUCGUUUAUGGAGUGCUUUUGGGCAAGGUCCUCAAUCAAUCUUUGGGGAUUUUGGUCAAGUGAAGGCUUCAUCAAUUCAACAACUUGGCAGUAAUGGGAAGGAGUUCAAUGGCACUAAACAAGUUGUUUCUCACGGCUUGGACAAACUGAACACAGCUCCAUUUUCUAUCUAUCCUGGUGACUACAAGAUGUCAAUGGAUGCGCAAAAACCUUCACCAGUGUUUUCCCUGCAAUCACCCCUGACAGAAUAUCACAAUCGUUUUGAGCUCGGAUUUGGCCAGCCCCUGAUAUGUACAAAUUAUCCUUACAUGGAGCAGCAUUAUGGAAUCCUCUCAGCUUAUGGACCUCAAAUACCAGGCCGGAUUAUGCUGCCAAUGAGCUUAACAUCAGAUGAUGGACCUAUUUAUGUGAAUGCAAAGCAGUAUCAUGGAAUCAUUAGGCGCAGGCAGAUACGUGCUAAGGCAAUGAUGGAGAAUAAACUUGCAAGAACCCGUAAGCCAUAUAUGCAUGAAUCGCGUCAUCUUCAUGCAAUGCGCCGUCCAAGGGGAUCUGGUGGUCGUUUCCUGAACACAAAGAAUCUGAAAAAUGGGAAAUCUUCAAUGGAACCAAAGAAAAUUGAUGAGGUGAACCUUUCUGAUUCAACUGGUUCUCAAUGUUCUGUGGUUCUGCAAUCAGAAAGUGGAACUUUGAACUCCCCAAAUGAAGCAAAGGGGAGGGGAUUUAGCCUCUCAAGUUCUGAGGUAUCGAGCAUAUUCUCGAGGGGACUACAACGUUUUCAAAUCAACCAUCUUGGACCAUCAAUCCCAUCACUUGCAGAGAUCAUUGAUGGAGGAGGACAUGGCAUGGUUCUGCCCAAAUGGGUUGCAGCAGCUGACAACUGCUGUGACCUUUGUGUUUGAAGGCGAAGGCAAAGGGUUCUUGGUGCAAGUCAUUGCACCAAAACCCUGUCUUUGUUGCGACCAAAUCCAGCUUGCUGCCAUGUUGUCAACGACAAUUGUCACAGGCUUCGCGAUGAGGAUAGUCCCCGCGUUUGGUUGCAAUGGCAAGUCAUUUUUGGCUCUAAUCAAAGUAGGUGUAGGAUGUUUCUUAUCUCUUUGUUUUGCUUCUCCUAAGUAUGAGAGGUGGCUGAGAGAAUCAAAGGAAUCAUCCAAUCAGAUAUGAAGUAAGAAGUAAUUGCAGUGCAGUAGACAAAAAAGGGUCUAUUCAAGAAUAAGAGCAUCAAGAGUACGAAUUCUGCACUGCGAUUAACUGUGACCCUCAAAGUAGAACAAGAAGAAUGUUCAUUAAGUCUAGUGUUUGGUAAUUCAAAAUCAGACAUUCCGAAGCAAAUUGUACUGAACAAAGAUGCUUGGCUUGUGGGUUUUUUUAAGGACAACUGUCCAUGUUUGUCUUUCAGUUUGUGUGAAAUGAAGAUGGUUUGUCUUUGUAAUGAAGAAGAAUAUUGUGUUGUCUGUGUGUAAUAAAGAAUAUGAUUGCGAUA